CCGAAAUAACCACCAACAAAUGGGUAUUGGAAAUAGUAACAUCAGGUUUCACCAUCCCCUUUGCUUCUAUACCCCCCACGCAUCCACCAACCCCGUCCCUUUUCAGGGACCCCUCUCACGACACUCUUUUGCGACAGGAGGCUCUACGCGUGCUGGCCAUCGGAGCCAUAGAAAAAGUCCCAAAAGAGUUCAGAGGGAAAGGGUUUUUAUUCCUGUUACUUUCUGACGGAAAAGAAGACAGGAGGAUGGAGACCAAUUCUCGAACGGCACCAUCUCAACCGUUAUCUGCAGAAAAGGCGUUUCAGGUUGGUGACUUUAGUCACUAUAAUUCCAGCUUUGAAUCACAACGAUUGGUUUGUGGCCCUCUACUUGCAGGAUGCGUAUUUUCACAUUACGAUCCACCCGGCGCACAGACCUUUUCUGCGCUUCGUGAUAAACAAUGACCAUUUCCAAUACAGGGUCCUCCCCUUUGGCUUGGCGGCAGCUCCCAGAGUUUUCUCAAAGACUCUAGCGGUAGUGGCGGCAUAUCUGCGGCGCCAGCACGUCCUCAUAUUCUCUUAUUUAGACGAUUGCCUUAUAAAGGCCCCAACGCAUCAAGAGGCCAUGCAGAUGAUCUCGUUAGCCAGAAGCACGUUCGAUUCUCUCGGCCUGAUAAUAAAUGAACAGAAGUCAACCACCGUUCCGACACAAAAUAUAAAGUUCAUCGGUGCAGUCCUAGAUUCGAUGACGGCAAGGGCAUACUUACCUCUAGACAGGUUCCAAGCGAUACAGGAACUAGUAAAGGUACUGGACAUCGCUCCAACUGUGUCCAUACAUACUUGUCUGCACCUCCUGGGCAACAUGGCAUCCACCACAUUCAUGGUUCCUCAUGCAAGGCUUCACUUCAGAGAUCUUCAAUACUGGUUAGGAAGGGUAUACUUACUACAAAAACACAGCAUUCACAGAACGGUCACUGUGCCGCCUCACGUUCGCGACUCCCUGCGUUGGUGGGGAAACACAGGAAACAUCCUUUCCGGAAUCCCAUUCCGUCGUCCUCAGCUCUCUGUGCUUAUAACAACAGAUCCAUCUCUCAUAGGCUGGGGUGCACAUAUGGGCAACGAUCGUGUUCAGGACAAAUGGUCCUCCAUAGAGAAGACUUAUGACAUCAAUCUCUUGGAGUUACGCGCCAUUUCCCUAGCAUGCAAGCAUUUUCUCCCGUGCAUACGACACACCACUGUCAGGAUAUUCACAGACAACGUGGCAGCAAUGUAUUAUGUAAACCGACAGGGGGGCGCCAGAUCUUGUUCCCUCUGUGCGGAAGCAAUACGGUUGUGGAACUGGUGCAUAAAGAACGGCGUAACCAUCACAGCAUCGUACUUACCUGGCAUCAGCAAUGUCAUUGCAGACUCGUUGAGCAGACGUUUCCCGGUAGAUCACGAGUGGGAGAUGCGAUGCAGAAUAUCUGAUCUUAUCUUUCACAGGUGGCAUAUGCCGAGAGUGGACCUAUUUGCCACAGCGCAGAAUGCGAAGUGUCCCCAGUUCUGUUCCAGAGCGGGGCGAUGCUCUUCUUACCACUUGGCGCACAUCGCUUCUCUAUGCAUUUCCCCUGGCUGUCCUGGUGGCUAGGACUCUCGAGAAAAUAAUGCUCGAAUGCGCAACAGUCAUAUUGAUAGCUCCGGCAUGGCCAAGACAGCCUUGGUACCCACUCUUGCACAGGAUGUCAAUAUACCCACCCUGGCCACUCCCUCUUUGUCCAGACCUGUUAUCACAGCAGAACAGAGCUCUCCUGCAUCCUAGACUCGACUCACUUCACCUCACAGCAUGGCUGAUAACUGGUUCAAACAGGAUGAGCACCUUUGCUCACAACGAGUCAAGACAAUUUUGAUGAGUAGUAGGAAAGAUUCCACUCGGAGAGC